AUGAAUCAAACAAUCCCCUUCCAAAAAAAUGAAAAUAAUACGAAUGAUAUAGAGAAUCAAUAUGAGCUACCAAGUUUUCCAAACUCAGAUACCUCAUCUCAAAACCUAGCUGACUUGGAAUUGGAGUAUGAUCAAUAUAAAGCAUCAGAAACAAAUAAUAAAUCAAAUCAUGGUCCAGAUUUAGAAACGAACAACCUGGACGUACAGUUCAGUAACACUUACAAUACAGGAGAUAAGAAAAAUUCUAUAAAAAACCAUCAAAUCCAAAUAAAUACGUUUAACGCAGAUUCUGUAAUAAUUCCAUCGUUCGAAGAACACGCUAUUUCCUUUAAAGACUACUAUAGGCAUUCACUCAAGGAAAACUUUUCCCUUAAAAGUGUUAAAGAAUAUGCAUUAUCAAUAUUCCCCAUCAUUAGAUGGUUACCACAUUAUAAUCUUGCAUGGUUCUCAUCAGAUUUAAUUGCAGGUAUAACAGUUGGCUGUGUUUUAGUUCCACAAUCAAUGUCUUAUGCUCAAAUCGCCACAUUACCACCACAAUACGGUCUUUAUUCUUCCUUUAUCGGUGCUUUCACAUAUUCUCUUUUUGCCACCUCAAAGGAUGUUUGUAUUGGUCCAGUCGCUGUCAUGUCUUUGGAAACGGGCAAAGUUAUUACAAAAGUUCUUGCUAAAUACCCAGAAGCUGAUCCAAAUAUUACUGCUCCUGUCAUUGCCACAGUCUUGGCAUUCUUAUGUGGUGUCAUCACUGCUGGUAUUGGGUUUCUAAGAUUAGGUUUCCUUGUCGAAUUAAUCUCUUUAAAUGCAGUCACAGGGUUUAUGACUGGGUCUGCUUUGAAUAUUAUGUGGGGUCAAAUCCCUGCCUUGAUGGGAUAUGGUAGUAAAGUUAAUACAAGAACUUCUACAUAUAAAGUUAUUAUUGAAUCGUUAAAACAUCUUCCUGACACGAAAUUGGAUGCAGUGUUUGGUUUGAUUCCCUUAUUUAUCUUAUACUUGUGGAAAUGGUGGUGUGGUAAUAUGGGCCCAAGGAUGGCUGAUAAAUGGUUUGCAAAUAAUGAAAAAGGAAAUUUUUAUUUAAAGAAGUUUUAUUUCUACGCUCAAGCUGCUAAAAAUGCGGUUAUUAUUAUCGUAUUCACAGCUAUUGCAUGGUCCAUUACUAAAGGUAAGACGAAAGAUGAAAGACCAAUUAGUAUUUUGGGAAGUGUUCCAAAGGGUCUAAAAGAAGUCGGUGUUAUGAAACUGCCCGAUGGGUUAGCUAGCAAAAUUGCUCCUGAACUACCUGCUUCUGUUAUUGUUUUAUUGUUAGAGCAUAUUGCCAUUGCCAAAUCAUUCGGUAGAAUCAAUGAUUACAAGGUUGUUCCAGAUCAAGAAUUGAUUGCUAUUGGUGUUACAAAUUUAAUUGGUACUUUCUUCAAUGCCUAUCCUGCCACUGGGUCAUUCUCCAGAUCUGCGUUGAAAGCAAAAUGUGAGGUUAGGACACCUUUAUCCGGAUUAUUUACUGGUAGUUGUGUUCUCUUAGCUCUAUACUGUUUAACUGGUGUCUUUCUUUAUAUUCCUAAAGCUACUCUAUCUGCAGUUAUUAUUCAUGCUGUUUCAGAUCUAAUUGCAUCAUACCAUACUACAUGGAACUUUUGGAAGAUGAACCCAUUGGAUUGUUUCAGUUUUAUUGUCACCGUUUUCAUUACUGUCUUCUCCUCUAUUGAAAAUGGUAUAUAUUUCGCGAUGUGCUGGUCAUGUGCGAUUUUGGUAUUGAAAGUUGCUUUCCCAGCAGGUAAAUUCUUAGGUAGAGUUGAAAUUGCAGAAGUUGUCAAUGGGUGCGUUGAUGAUAGUUUUGAAGUUACAGAUUAUUCUUCUAAUUCUAAUCUAUCUCUUUCAGCAGAUACUAUUAAUCAUAAUAAAAAAUUGAAAAUUCUUCAUAUUCCGUUGUUAAAAACAUUAAAGGAUCAGCUGUUUUCAGAUAUAUCUUCCAUCCAAGGUAAAAGUAAGAUACGUUAUUACACAAAAUGGCUACCGUUUGAUCAUGCAUAUACCAAAGAAUUGAAUCCUAAUGUCAUCAUUCUACCGCCUCCACCUGGUGUAAUUGUUUACAGAUUAACUGAUAGUUUCACGUAUAUGAAUUGUUCCAAACAUUACGAUGUUAUAUUUGAGGAAAUUAAAAAGCAAACUAAACGUGGUCAACUUAUUCGUCAUAGAAAGAAGUCAGAUCGUCCAUGGAACGAUCCCGGUGAAUGGGAAGCUCCAAACUUUUCAAAGCUUUGGAAGAAACUCAGCUUUAGAAGAAAUAAAAAUAAUAACGAUAAUGAAGAGACCCAUAUUCCUGAUGUACCGGUAUCCAAGCGAGAUGAUAGACCAUUACUAAAAGUAUUAUGUCUAGAUUUUUCACAAGUCGCUCAAGUAGAUGCUACAGCUUUACAAUCGUUGGUUGAUCUCCGGAAAGCAAUUAAUAAAUAUGCUGAUAGACAAGUUGAAUUUCAUUUUGCCGGUAUAGUUUCUCCAUGGAUUAAGAAAGGUUUAAUUAAUAUUGGUUUCGGUACUAUUAAUGAAGAAUAUAGUGAUGAAUCAAUUAUAGCAGGUCAUACAAGCUACCAUUUGGCAAGAAUACCAGGGGAUGACUUAGAACUACCGACCAUGAGGGGAGGUAAUUAUAAAGUAUAUACAGCAACAGGUACUAAUCUACCGUUUUUCCACAUCGACAUCCCUGAUUUCUAUCAAUGGGAUGUUUAA